GUAGGCAUGAGGCGGUCCUUUUUGCCCGGAAGUGAGGCGCAUGGUUUUGCCUCCAUUGUUUUAAACCCAGAUUUACGAGCAGCUGAAAGCUUCUCGGUUGGCUUUUCUGUUGCGAGAGACCCUACAUUUUGUCACCCCAACUAUGGGGGUACCUCCCCAUCCCCAGAAAGGAGGCAAAAGGAAGAAAGAAUGUCGGAAACGGGCCUUGCCUUCUGCCUCGGACCAAGCAGGUGGUGCCAGAGAGAGCAAAGGGGUCACCCUCCCCAGAUUGGAGCCUGGCUCGGCUGAGUAUUUCCGUCGGGCUCACGAGACUUUGAAAUCGGGGUUCGAGUCGGAGGAGGAGAAAGGCCUGUUUGUCAGCAAUGUCUUGGAGGAGGCUGAAGCAGUGGCUUUACCCUUGGCCCUGGACACAGCUGGUUCUCUUCUUCUCCAGGCCCUUGUUCCGUAUGCUUCUUCACCCAGCUUGUGUUCCUUUCUCCGGGCUUUGAUCCCCUCUCUGCACCUUGCCGCCUGCCACUCCUGCGGAGCCCACAUCCUGGAGGCUGUCUUGCUGAGGGCCCCAUUGCUGAUCAAGGAUGAAGCAGAGGAUUCUGAGACUUUGGAGGACCUUGUUCUGGAACUGGGAAAGGCUGUACAGAAAGAACUGUCAGUUUUUGCUUUGGAUGCCCAUGGCAGUUUUGUGGUGCGGACACUGCUGCAGGUGCUUGGAGGGGUCCGAGUCGGGUCAGACGGGGGCCGAGGAGGAUCAGGGAUUUCGAGCUUUAGAGCCAAGCGAGCAAAAGCAGAAAGCGAUGGGCCUCUGGAAUUUGAAGUCCCAGACUCCUUCUUCUCCCUCCUUCGUGAAUUCAGCGAGUGCUUUCAGGAGCAUAUUUCAGAUUUUAUUACAAACAAAUAUUUUAGCCUCUGCCUCCAAGUGGCGCUGGAGGUCUUACACCGGAAGCUACCUGAUGUCUGUUCAGAACUGUGCUGCUCAGUGAUCGGCUACCUGAGCUCCUGCAACCCGGCAGCUGGACAGAGCCCCCUCCUGGUGUUUCUGAAGGAUGCCACCUGCAGCCGGGCGCUGGACAAGGUUCUGGAGGUGUCUGACCCAAAGGCCUUGCGCUCAUUCUACAAGGCACAUGUCAAGGGGCAAUUGCGGGUCCUGGCGGAGCAUGGUGUGGCCAACUUCACCUUGCAGCGGCUCAUCCAGGCUGCCUCCCGGAAACUGUUGGGACAACUAUUUGAGGAAUUGAGCCCAGGCGUGGAAGAGAUCAUGGCCCAUGAGCACCUGGGAGUGAUCACGGCGCUUCUGGGGGCCUGUAGAAAACAGGGGACUCACCAGCCGGAGGUACUGCAGAUCCUCAUGGAGGCUUUUCACUGCUGGGAACCUUCCUCCCGCCAAGUGUUGUGUGCUCCUCUGAUUGCUUCUGUGUUGGCUUAUGAGGUGUAUUAUGGUGAAGAGGAAGGGGAGGAUCCGUCACAGUGUCAGGUGAACACAGCUCGUCCUUUGACCUCAGUCUCCUACCAUGGCUCCUUAAUGCUCCAGCACUUGUUACACUUUGCAGACCCCUCCAUUGUACUGCGCAGCUUAGGGACCAUGACCCCUGAGGAUCUCGUCACACUGGCUUGCGAUCCUGCAGGAAGCCACGUCUUUGAUGCUCUCCUAGCCAGCCCCUCUGUCCCUGAAAAACAGAGGCGGAAGGUGCUGCGACUGCUCAAGGGUUGCUAUCUAUCUCUGGCUUGUAACAAGCAUGGAAGUCGGGUCCUGGAUGCCAUUUGGAGCAGAUCCAAUCUGCCAGCCAAGCAAGAGAUGGCUCAAGAGCUGGCUGAGCAUGAGCCGCAGCUCCGGCAUGACCCCUUUGGUCAUCACGUGGCCCGCAACUUUGCCUUGACCCACUUCCUCAAACGCCGCCAGGAUUGGGACCGCCACCAGGAGGCGGAAAAGAAACGGAGGGAGCUCUUUGCCGAGAUCUUGGAUGGAUGAAUCAGAACGAGAAUGGGGAUGCUGUGCGAGUUGGUUGCUACUGUGACAUUUUGCCCAUGGGAAGAAGCAGAGGACUGACCCUAUUGGACACCCCAGUGCAUUCAUGCUCGGCAUGACUGUUCCUGACCACAGAAACGCUGGAGGACAAUGUGCUGGGUAUUGUCAUGGGGGCAUCUCUCUUGCCUGCUCUCAAAUGGAUAUUUUUUUUGCAGAUAUUGAGAGAUCCUUUUCUUUACAGGUACUGUUGUGUUUCUUCUUUGGAACAGUGUCAGUGUAAUUGUAGGCCAGAGCUUGGAAACUGUGGUUACCUCUUUCUUGCACUUGCUGCAAAGGCCCUGUUGUCAAGUGCUUGGUUAUCUGUUUUUCUUAAGAAAGAUGUUCCUUUACACA